ACUUAUUAAACAGGGACUUGGAACCCAUCACAUCCUUGCCUGUGGUUUCGUGCCCUGAUCUAGCCCUGAAAAGCUGGUGCACUAUGUAACUAUCUUGACCCCACGUUGUCAGGACCAGCUGUAUGGCGUGUUCUGCUCUGUUUACAGGCUAUCUCCCAUUCUUACAAGAAGGGGCGAUCCCUACCUUUUUCCGUAUCCUCUAACCCACCCUCACUACCAUGGCUACCGAAGAAGUUCAGCAAGUAACGCACCGAACAGUCGCCAGUGGUGAGAAACGCAUAAAGGCUGCGAGUGUUGGAGACGGAAAAGAUCCGAGCGCGGCUGAGAGGCACCACUUUAUCAAAGCGUCAAUUUACCAACUUCCGGCACUUCAGUGGCUCACAGUCAUCUCCCUUGUGUUUGGCGGCUGCUGCUCCAAUGUCUCCACCUUAGAAAAACUCGUCAAAGCGCAGCCUCAGUCGGGAAACAUCAUCACGUUCGCCCAGUUUUUGUUCAUAUCUCUCGAGGGCUACUGCCAGCACUUCUCGCGUGCGCACCCCGGUCGAUGUUUCAUCAAGCCGAACCAUGUGCCGCUUCGUAAAUGGGCGGUGAGCAUUAUGCUCUUCUUUAUCGUGUCCACCCUAAACAACAUGGUGUGGGAAUACAGCAUCACGGUCCCGUUGCAUAUCAUCUUCCGUUCAUCUGGGACCGGCAUCACCAUGCUCAUUGGCUACUUGUGGGGCAAGCGGUUCUCACGGCAGCAGGUGUUCAGCACCGUGCUCCUCACACUCGGGUGCGUUGUAGUAACUCUCAGCACCGGCUCCAACCCCAGAAGCGCUGAAGCAGAGGGGAGCAUCUAUACCGGCAUACUCUUGCUCUCUCUUGCGUGUAUCCUUGCGGCAGCCAUGCAGUUGUACAACGAACACGUGUUCAAGACCUAUGGGAACUACUGGCGGGAGGGGUUAUUCUACCAGCACUUUCUCUCCUUGCCGAUAUUUAUGUUGUUCUUUGGGAGGUUACGCAAGGAAUUCCAUUUGCUUUGGGACUUGGAUGCCACCGAUUUGGCCAACCACAACUACAUCCAGCUUCCGCUCGUGGCCUGGAGGCUCAACUGGAACGUGGCGUACUUGGCCAGUAACGUGUUUACCCAGUAUUUCUGCGUCAAGGGUGUCAAUAUGAUGGCUGGAGUCUCAUCCGCAUUGACUCUCAACAUUUUCUUGCUCAUUCGAAAGAUUGUUUCCUUGCUUUUGAGCAUUUACCUUUUCAACAACACGUUGAGUGUGCAGGGCUGGAUCGGAUGUGCCAUGGUUUUCGGUGGUGCGGGCAUGUACAGUUACUGUUCGAUUAUGACGAAAAAUAAAGCUAAUUGAAUUAAUAUGCAACCCGAGAUUAAGACGAAUUAUAUAGAAAAAUGUGGAUUAGACGGCUACGGAGGGGAAAAGAGGAGCAGUCUCAUAUCUCCAAUCGAGGUUCAAACAAACCUAGUUUCAAACCUAGUUUCAAACCUAGUCUCAAACCUAAUUUCAAACCUAGUUUAAAAUCGAUUAUUUCCACG